CCCUCCCUUGGCGUCCGACUCAUGCUUUCUUCAGAGGUGGGGAGGGAAGGGAGGGUUCUCCUCUCCCCAAUCCGAUAUCCUCUGAUCUUCCUGCUGCAAGGAGGAGCAGAUUCCUUGUGCCCUACCCGAUCCACUUCUGCAGUUUCUUCCCCUCAGUGUGACUUCACCGAGGAUCAAACUGCAGAGUUCAAGGAAGCCUUCCAGUUGUUUGACCGAACAGGGGAUGGCAAGAUCCUGUACAGCCAAUGCGGGGACGUAAUGAGGGCCCUGGGCCAGAACCCCACUAACGCCGAGGUGCUCAAGGUCCUGGGGAAUCCCAAGAGUGAUGAGAUGAAUGUGAAGGUGCUGGACUUUGAACACUUCCUGCCCAUGCUGCAGACUGUGGCCAAGAACAAGGACCAGGGCACCUACGAGGACUAUGUCGAAGGCCUUCGGGUGUUUGACAAGGAAGGGAAUGGCACCGUCAUGGGUGCUGAAAUCCGGCAUGUCCUUGUCACGCUGGGUGAGAAGAUGACAGAGGAAGAAGUAGAGAUGCUGGUGGCAGGACAUGAGGACAGCAAUGGUUGUAUCAACUAUGAAGCAUUUGUGAGGCAUAUCCUGUCGGGGUGACGGGCCCAUGGGGCGGAGCUCGUCCGCAUGGUGCUGAAUGGCUGAGGAUGUUCCUGCUGUGCCCAAGCCCCAUACCUUUCCCUGUGUUGAUACUGUGCAUGUAGCUCUAAAGGCCUCCUAGGUCCUCUUGUCACAAGCACUUUUGCUAGCUUGUCUCUCUUGGAUGUUAUUUGCGUUCAGCAUUCACCAAAUAAACUUGCUCUGUGCCCCUAA